AUGAGAAGAGAGACAUCUUAUAUUUUUUCUCCGACCUGUCUGAUCAAAGGUACGAGCCUGACUAUCGACGGCACGACCCCAGAAAUAGAAAAAGCAACCUGGCAAAAGAGAGAGAGGAAAAGAAAAGAAGUCAAGGAAGAGGCGUCGGGUGGCCAUGAGACUAUCGCCAACCACCCGUCCGAUCGAUCUACCGUCAACCGUUCCGAGGGGAGAGGAGGGCAAAAGCGAGAGGAGCAAGGGCUUGAGAGCGGUGUACCCGAGCCAACGCCAACAAUGACCGGAGGGGGUUAUUUUUUCCCUUUCGCGUGCAGUUUGUUUACUUUGCUGCAAAAAAGCGCAAGGGAGGGCAACGCUACGUGUAUGUACUUAUACAUACGGAGCACGGCAGAUUGGAGAGCGAACAAUCGGAUUCACUCCACUGGUUCCUCCUACCCAUUCGUCCACACAGCUCUGAGGGAGGGCCCCCUGAUGCCAUUCCUCCCUGCUUUGGGAUCCCGUCCCAUCCCAGCUGGGUGCUCCAGCCAGAGCCAGAGUUGCGUUGCUGUUCCGUCUAUCCCAUCCCAGCUGUUACGUCUUUAUUCCGGCCUUCAACGCUGCUCGUCCGAAUGGACUGAGUAA